AUAGAUGAUAGAUAGAUAGAUAGAUGAUAGAUAGAUAGAUAGAUAGAUAGAUAGAUAAUUCCUCUUUAAAUUCUAAAAUGUUGUUGCCCGGAGGAUUUAUUGUGCUCUUACUCAAAGGCCCCGCCCACUCUUGAAUUUUGAACCAAUCAGAUUCGCGCCUCCACAUCUCGUCUGCCUAUCAACCCGCGUCCGGCCCACCGCAUGACGUAACACCCAGUCUGGAAAGUGCAAUGGCGAUAUUGGACAAUAACAGCCGUCGCUUUUUGGGGACCACGUCUAUAUUAUGUGGCUAACGCUGAAGAAAACACCUCCAGUCGGCUGCAGAACCGCGCGCGACAUCCGCACACCGCACGAGCGUCAACCUGCGACCCGGGAAAAGUGAUUUCACAGACCUCCGCGCGCGAUGACAGUUUAGACUUAAAAAAAAAAAAAAAAAAAAAAAAAAAAACCGCUGGUGUGACGUGUGAACAGACACCAUGGCCACACAGGAACCGUCCCCUCCCUCGUCCAUGGAGAGCAAUAAACCCGGCUUCCCCAAGAAGAUCCUGGGCAACAAGCUGGAGGACAAGCACCUGUGCAACUGCUGCCACAACAUACUGAGACGACCAUUUCAAGCCCAGUGUGGACAUCGCUUCUGUUCCUACUGCUUCAACAGGACAGUGAGUAGCGGACCCCAGAAAUGCAACGCCUGCAUUAAAGAGGAUAUUUUUGAGGAUCCCACGUCGAUUCUGAAACAAGGAUGUGCUUUUCCUGACAACGCAGUUCGGAGGGAAGUUGAAAACCUGUCAGCUGUUUGCGUCAAUGAAAGUUGCACUUGGAAAGGCAGCAUUAAAGAGUACGAGACAGUUACAGCAGCUCAGCUUAAACUCUGCUCCCUACAGCUGAACCACGAGGGGAAGUGCGAGUUCAUGAUCAUCCCCUGCCCCUCCUGCAAAGAACGAAUUCGCUUCAACGAACAGGAGCGCCACAACGAGCGCGAGUGCCCGGAGAGAACGCUCAACUGCAAGUACUGCAAGGAGCCGUUUCACUUCAAAAACAUCAAGGCGCAUGAUGAGAUCUGUCCCAAGUACCCGAUGAUCUGUGAAGGCUGCGCCAAGAAGAAAAUACCCAGAGAGAAGUAUGUGGACCACAUUAAGUUCUGCAGCAAAUUCAGAACUCCGUGUCGAUUUCAUGUCGUGGGAUGUGACAUGUCUGUGGAGAAGGAAAAGAUUCAUGACCAUGAGCGCGCCUACGCCUACGAGCACCUGAACCUGCUGCUGCACUACAUCAUGGGCAUGAAAGUGAGCAUGGAGGGCCUGCAGCCCCAGGGACUGGAACUGGCCGGACACAAACUGGUGGAACUGCAACAGUCCCUCAGGGAGCUCGAGGCCAGAGUCUCCCAGCUCAGCACCACCUCCUCUGGGCCUCCCGUGCAGGGAGCCGCCGCCGCCUCCUCCUCAUCCUCCAGCUCCGGCCCCCCCGGUCCUCCUACAUCAGCCCCUCUCCCUCCGCCUCCCACUCUGGCUCCCACUCUCUCCGUGUCUACCUCCUUCACGCCUUUGCCCAGCUCGGUGGGAGCGGCGCUGGAGCUCCAGCUCCACAGCGAGAAGACCAAGGUGGCCGAGCUGGGCCGCAGGUGCACCGAACUGGAAGUCAAAGCCGGCACGUUCGAAAAUGUGGUGUGUGUCCUGAACAGAGAGGUGGAGAGGUUCGCCACCACCAUGGAGGCCAGCAACCGUCAGCAUAAACUGGACCAGGACAAGAUCGAGGCGCUGAGUAACAAGGUGCGACAGCUGGAGAGGACGGUGGGGCUGAAGGACCUGACGGUGGCUGAGAUGGAGGGCCGGCUGAGGGAAAUGUCCGCCACUACCUUUGACGGCGUCUUUGUCUGGAGGAUCUCUGAUUUCGCCAAGAAGAGACAGGACGCCAUCGCAGGUCGAGCCCCCGCCAUGUUCUCACCAGCCUUCUACACCAGUAAGUACGGCUAUAAGAUGUGUCUGCGGAUCUAUCUGAACGGAGAUGGGACGGGGCGCGGCAGCCACUUGUCCUUGUUCUUUGUGGUGAUGAGGGGACUGAGCGACGCCCUGCUCAAAUGGCCCUUCAACCAGAAGGUGACUCUGAUGCUGCUGGACCAGAGCAACAGGGAGCACAUCAUCGACGCCUUUCGACCCGACGUCACUUCCUCCUCCUUCCAGAGGCCCGUGAGCGAGAUGAACAUCGCCAGCGGCUGUCCGCUCUUCUGCCCGCUCUCCAAGCUCGACGCCAAGAACUCUUACAUCCGCGACGACACCAUCUUCAUCAAGGCGAUCGUGGACCUCACCGGCCUCUAGGCGGGCUUCGCGCGGCCCAGUUUUGCAACCAGGCAGCUCUUCGACCAUUACGGCUUCAUUUUGCCUCAAUCGUGGUCCUUUCAGGGCUCCGUUCAGGCAUCUUAACGUCCCCUGCAGCUUUAGGGAGACAAACCUGCCUGCGACUGGAUGCUGCAUGUGGCUGCAGUUUGCUCAGUCCAGGCGGCGCUGGCAUUGUCAUACCCGGUGGUCCCUUCGCGAGAACCACCGUCACUGCUGUACAUUAAGGGUGCAAAACCCUUUUUUCUUUUCUUUCUUUCUUUCUUUCUUUCUUUUCUUUCCUUUUGACAUCACAGCACCACUCCCACGGUGAUAAAAUGCCACUUGAGUUCUUGCACAUAAGCUUUCAGUUGAAGGACACGGAGGUGAGCACCGGUGUGGCGCCGUCAGUGCAGAGCGGAGCAGAUGUGUCAGAAUACAGAGUGACGACGGAGGGAAAGGAGUGAACAGCGUCCUCUGUUUGUGGGAUGUUGCGGGACACGCAGACUGUGUUAGAGCAGGGUUGUAGAUUACAGGUAGUUCACGAUAGUUCAUCCUGAUGUCACUGUAGAAAGCUGGCGGUAGACUUAUACUAGAGUUAGAGCGUGGCUUGAUGCGGUUUUUUGCUUUUUUCUUGCAGAUUGUGGAUAUUGUGAGCUUCUCAAUUCCAGUGUCGAGUGAAUUUGCAUAGACAAACGUGGAGUUAUGUUAUGAAUAAGAUUACAGGCAAUUAUUUUAUUUUAUUUUAUUCGCGCAAAAGUGCAUGCUGCUGGCGUUUUGAGUAUAAAACUCGAUUGAGCUUUCUGAAGGUUUGUUGUUAAAGUUGUUAGUGAAUUAGCCAUCCGUGAUGGUGGACAUUGCCUGCAUGUCUUUUGGAACCAGGCUAUUUACAUGUAAAGUUAGUGUUGCGUAUUUGUUCCUGUUAGGGGUUGGUGGUUCUGAUCGGUGGUUUGGUACAUCUGUGGAAGAUACAGUGAAGUUACCAAGGAGUCAGGGCAGCUUGCCAAGUCAAGCCUUAGGCAUAAAACUUAACGUGUGUGUGUUUUUUUGGUCUCUGACAGACACACACACACACACACACACACACACACACACAGCUGGAGUUUUCCCCCCCAGGAUAUGCUCACUAGCUCACAUCUCAACACAUAGUACUGUGCCCCACCACAGAUUGAGGUCAACACAGAUUCCACAAAAUGAAGGAAUUGUCUGUUCCUUGUUUUCUGUCCAUACAGUUUACAGUGCGUAUGUGUUUCUGCUGCUCUAAGAUAGAAUACUGAUGUGAAUCUAAUAUAUAUGUUGGUGCAAAUAUACAUGUGUGGACGCUGGGAGGCUGAAAACAAGAAAUUGUAUUGCGUUGUUGUCGGCGAGGGGCCAUUGUUGACUUUAUUUAUUGCAGAUUGUUCAACGCGGCCCCAGUUUAAUCUUUAAACUUUAGUGUUUUAGUCGUGUGCGCUCACAUAUUUCCAGUAAGGCACCACAAAUCGAACACAAAACCUACAGUAUAUAUACAUAUAUAUAUAUAUAAAAAUAUAUAUCGAGAUGUUUCUGUCAUUUCUCUACGUGUCCACCAGAGAUUGCUGUUCUGCUUACUUAGCAUGCAUGCUGAGGUUUUAAGGUUCACGCUGGCCUGUUUGAAAACCAGUCCCGACCUGUAUUGAAACCUCUCUGUGCAUGGGAGGCUUCAAUUCAUAUUCACUAUGGAGUUUCACGCCGGGUUUUCUCCCGUGAGCCGCGCGCGUGGAAGCAUUUAUUUGUAUUUGUUUGGGAUGAAAAUGACGUAAUCAUAGAAUAGUUAUUAUGUUAUACCCGGCGCUGCGUCUGUUCAACGGAGGCACUCGCCUAUAUUCAUAGCAAUUUAUAAAUAUGUAUCUUUCAUAUCAUAAUGUUCAAAUAAUCUAUAUAUCAAUGUUAAUAUACACGAGAUGUUAUAAUAAACAUAGUAUUACUGAAUACCUUAUUAAUUCUAUAUCUAUAUACCAGCUUUUUGUUUGUCGUGAUGGUUUGAACAGGCCAGGACAACCCCUUUGUGCAGUAAGGACUUAGGAUUUCUUCUAGAGUGCAAUAUAUGAUUAUGUCUUAGUUAGAUUUUGAAGACAUCUUGGCUUUAAGGGUUUACAGAGUCCAUACUCAACUUAUACGUUGCCAUUUGUUUACAUUGCUCAUUAUGGCGCUGAAGAACUGCAACCAUUCUGAAAUAUGGUGCUUUCCUUGUCAUUCGGCAUGUACGCUGCUUGAUACCACUAUAACAUGGGGGAUCUCUGCAGUCAGACGCUCUCCAUGAAGCUAACCGGCUGAGCGAGGUGGGGAUUUUUAAGAAACGCUGAGGGAAUUCUUGCUAUAUACAGUUAAGUGGGUUUUUAUUCUUAACUUAAUAACCUUUCAGUGAAGACUGAUGCAUGUAAUAAGUAGGAUUACAUGAACUUUUUAAACCUUUAUUGUUCUUGUAAUGUGCCAAAAUCAAAUAUUACCUCCAUAUGAUAACAAUGUUGUAUUUGCAAGUUGUAUUUUUUAUGUUCUAUGCUAAAACAUGGUGCCAAAUAUACAGUAUUUAUACUCAAGUUUGUAUGUGUACGUGUGGAUGGUUGCCUGUGUGUGUGAGUGUGUGUGUGCGUGCGUGCAUGUGUGCGUGCAUGUGUGCCAGUUUAAUACGAUGCAUGGGGUCACUGCUUCGGUAAGCACCAGAGGAGAUAAUGAAUACUGUCCCAUGAUAAAUACAGACCCUCCCGAGGUUUCUGAAUGUAAGCUUUAAUUCAUUGUUUGUUUGUUUGUUUUUCUAAAGACACAACAGCAGUUCUGUAAUGUGAUGCAGUUGACUUGAAAUCAACUUUAUUUGCGCACUUUGUAUUGGUUGUUUGUCCAAACAGGGUAUUUUGUUGAGUGAUUUCUGUACCUUGAAAUCGGAGCCAUAUAUAUUCUGAUGUUGAUAAUUGAUGUAUUAUGCUAAAAAGGACAUGCAGUAUGUAAUAAAGUUUGUUGGUUUCA